AUGGCAUCCACUGCAGGAGAAUGCCGCCCUCAAAAUCGCAAGUUAAGCUCGCAUGUCUUGCCUGCCGCUCCUACAAAACGCGCUGCGACGGGCAGCUCCCGUGCGCAAAUUGCGCAAAUAACCAAAGACAAUGUAAUUAUCGCCCAAGCAGGCGCGGUGGUGCCCGCAGAGGCGAGCGAAAUCUUUAUACAUGAUCUCGCCAACAUAAUUUACCCUUCCCGCCCGCUUCAGGACAGCAGGGACUUCGCGAUGACGGAGAACCCCAGCCCUGCCGUUGGUAAUCACGGUACUCUUCAGUCUGUGGAAUCAUCAUUCUAUAUCAGGUCAUACCAAAACGAACAGGACUUCUACGCAGAUAAUCCGCAGAAAGUCCUCCUGACACAGCUCGCACCUGACCAGGCGUUCUUGCCAUUCUGGCCGUCAUCCCCCUUCGGCCUCGCACUCAUGGCACUUCUGGUCCUGUUGCCUCUUCAAGAAGAUCUCGAUCCGAUGCGAGAGACUCAAAUCGAAGUGAGGAAUUCAUAUGCAAAUAUUUAUGCCCGAGCGGCGCUUGAGAGCGUUGAUGGGUUCUGCAGUGGUCAAGAGCAAACCGGCGCAGCUCCCGUAUCCACUCCAGGGAUGGACGACGUCCCACGAAGUGCGAUUCAUCCUGAGCUACCUUCUACCUUAGACCCUGUGCUUGCCCUUUUGCUCCUGGGCGUCUACGAAUACUGUCAAAACAGCAACCGGCGACUAAUGCGCGCUCGAAUAUACAGCGCGUUAAUACUAGCCAUGGAUCUCUCGCUUCAUAUUUGUCAGCCGACGAAUUCUGAGCAUUCGAUUAUCCAGGCCCGCGUGUGGUGGAAUACGCUUUGGUCCACUUCAAUGAGAGCCCAAGAAGCGUUGCUCGAGACAGGCUUCGUCGCCAAGCAGAUGACAGAGGGAAACAUAAAAGGAAGUCAUGAGCACACCCAAAAACGUAUUCGUGAGCUCGACUCGUUCAUUCUAGCUGUCAUUGCCGACCUGGACCAACCCCCUGAACUUUCAACAUGGGAAGGGGUCGAUGGCGUGGCGAUAUUCAACAAAUGGCUUAUGGCUCGGUUCUUAGCCCACACCGGCAUUGGUGCUCUCUCGAACCCUGCGAGCCAUACCAUGGCCCAAUACUUCAUAUUCCGAUUCUUCUUCCGGUCCAAAGUCUUUCGAAGCAGCUGGGCAACUAAGCGGUCCCUCGAUAUUUUCCCUGAAUCGUGUCCGAUAUCCGCGCUCUUUGCCAUAUAUGGCAUGCUGUGGGAUGCAGUGUUGCUACGUGCUUAUGAUGUUGUUGCGGAAGAGCGCCAGGAUGCCGAACGCUUCAUCGAAGAGCUGAGACAUGGAGUUAAAUCUGUUUGUGAUUUCAUGUCCGGAAACGCGAUUUUUGGAGGUGUCGUGGAUAUGGCACGCGAGGUUGAGACUGUCUAUCUUGCUCAUUUUCACGAGUGA